GCAAUCAAAUUUGGGUCUGGUUAAUAUACCCACAAACGCUACAAAAUGUUGAAAUCUUAACUGUGGCAAAGCCGUGAGUAGUCCGACUCUCACUCGAUGCAAAGGCCUAGCCAGCCAGAGGGGAGCAUUCAAGCAGCUGAAAUCUGUAUUCAUUGCAGUAGGAGCCAAAAUUAUUGUCAACUACUCCUUACAAUCAAGCUGCAAUCCCACCCCAAUGUCUAUCAAACGUAACAAAAACUUGUUGCUCCCUGUUGAAGCUCCCAAAAAUGAGAAGUCUGCUAAAUCAACUAAUGAAAAAUGAGGGAAAAAAAGAAGCAAUCACUGAUAUGGCUACUUGCUGUCUCCUUUCCAACCUCUGGUCACAAGAAGAUUAAGGAUCAUGUUUCUUUUCAAGCCAUAUCUAUUCAAAAGAGAUUCCUAAAAACACAGAGACAUUUGGAAUUUUCGAACUUAUAUGAGGCAGAAACACUCCCUGACUUUAGCUUGAAGCGAUAUCAAUGCGACAGAAAUGAAUACAUUCAAAUAAGUUCUGUAAAUUAUAUUAUGAUAGAAUCUACGAUUUGAUGGUUUAAUUCAAGGAAUUCGCUUUACUGGGAUAAAAUUGCAAUGGUGUCACCGAGAAAUCGAUUAAAUUUUGGCUUUCAGCAUUUAAGAAUGCUCCGUAAAUCCAAUCACUAUUGUUCAGAACAAGACAUCAGAAACUUGUGCAAGCAAGGCCGCCUUAAAGAAGCCCUGCAACACUUACAGCACGAUGAUCAACGUGUAGUAAACCCCUUCACAUAUGCCUCUUUCUUUCACGCCUGCGUUAAAAGAAAUGGCUUCGCGGAGGGGAAACAGCUACACACUCACAUGAAAAAACAGGGUUUUAUCCGAAAUACAAUGGUUCAGAGUUCACUAGUCACUAUGUACGCAAAGUGCGGCUGCUUGGCGGAAGCCCACGGCAUUUUGAACCAGAUGUGUGAAGCAGACGAUUUCUCGUGGACCUCCAUGAUGGCAGCUUAUUGCAAACAUGGAUCCCCUGAGAAAGCCCUAGUUUUAUUAAAUCAAAUGAAAAAAACAGCUGCCAAACCCAGCAAUUAUACUUUUGCCAGCGUUCUGCCUGCGUGCGCUAAAUUGGGAGUCCUAAAAGAGGGUUCAGGAAUUCAUGGUUGCAUUAUUAGAAGUGGUUUUGAUUCGGACGUGUUUGUGCAGAGUGCACUUGUGGAUAUGUAUGCGAAAUGUGCCAGCAUGGAGGAUGCACGCCGAGUGUUUGACCAAAUGUCCCAACGAGAUGUGGUUUCAUGGAAUGCCAUGAUUUCAGGCUUUGCGCAGAAUGGGCGCCUGGAUGAGGCUGUUUGUAUGUUUGAGAAGAUGCCCCAGCCGGAUGUGAUUAGUUGGAAUGCGGUUAUUGCGGGGUACGCGCAAAAUGGUGAUGCUGAAAAAGCAAUGAAACUAUUUCAGAAAAUGCCGAAUAGGGAUAAUGCAUCGUGGAAUACUGUGAUUGGAGUAUGUGUGCAAGGUGGCAAGUCUGAAGAGGCCUUGAGACUUUUCAAGCACAUGCAACUUGAAGGUGUGAAACCAAACCCAAAAACUUUUGCCAGUGUUCUGCCGGCAUGUGGUGAGUUGGCUGCCCUGGAACUGGGUACCGAGAUCCAUCAAGAUAUAGUUCAGAGUGGGCUUGAGUCUGAAUUCAUUCUGCAAAGUGCCCUUAUGGACAUGUAUGCUAAAUGUGGGAGCUUAGAGAAAGCUCACGAAUUGUUUAAUAGAAUGCGAUACCAGAACACCGUUUCAUGGACAUCCAUGAUCGCUGGAUAUGCCAUGCAUGGCCGAGGCAGGGAGGCCCUUGAACUCUUUGGAGAAAUGCAGAAAUCUGGUGUGAAAGCAAACCAUGUCACAUUUGUUUGUGUUUUGACGGCUUGCUGUCAUGUGGGCCUUGUCGAGGAGGGCCAGAAAUAUUUUGAUUCCAUGAGUCAAGAUUUCCACAUUGUGCCCCAAAUGGAAAACUAUGUCUGUAUGGUUGAUCUAUUUGGUCGUGCUGGGCGCCUUGAUGAGGCAUAUGACUUUAUCAAGAAAAUGUCAAUAAAACCUGACACUACAGUGUGGAGGUGUUUGCUUGCUGCCUGCUAUGUACACAAUAAUAUAAUGUUAGGGGAACAAGUAGCAAAACACCUUUUUGAGUUGGAACCUGAAAAUGCCUCACCCUAUGUGGUGCUAUCAAACUUAUAUGCUACAGCUGGAAGGUGGAAUGAUAUGGAAAAUGUGCGGAGGAGGAUGAAAGAGAUGGGGGUUAGAAAGACACCUGCAUGCAGUUGGAUUGAAGUCGAAGGACAAGUGCAUGCAUUUUUAGUAGGAAAUGCAUUGGCGAUACAUCCAGAGAUGCAAGAAAUAUAUGAAAGUUAGCAGAAUUGUCUCCUAGAUGAAACUAGAAGGGGUUGUUACUGUCACAACUGAAAUAGUUUGUUUGGUACCAUCACUAGAAGCUAACCAUUGCAUUUGCACUUAUCAAUACAUCCACUUGAACAUUUCAAGUGUGUUGCUACUGCCACUCUGGUACCAAGUUCAUAUCCAAGAUCGUCACAUGAGAUUUUUGCAACGAAUGUCAAAUAUUACCAUCAUUUCAAGAAUGGACAGUGUUCUUGUGGUGAUUAUAGGUGAUGCUCAAAAAAUAAUAUUUGUACUCAUGAGAUGGCAAGCCAUGCACUGAGCACAAGGAGAAGCUUUUUUUUUACUUUAGCACACUUCGGAAACUAGUUUACUUUUUGGCUACAUUUGAGGAAUCAUAGUGAUGAUAAGACUGCUUGCUGAAGAAAUGGAGAAUGGCAAUGUAGGCGGUAUAAAACGUUCUCCUAGGACAAUUAGUUGGGAGAUCACCAGCAUAAGGCAUCCUUUCGAUUAAGAAGGUUUUCAACUAUAGCGUUCAAAUGAAAGGGCAGCAGUCACCAGUGAAGGGGAAUUGGUCUCAAGUGAAGAGCAGCGAUUAAUUAAGAAGAGGCAUUGCGUUUCUAAAAGAUGGGACUCUUAGUAAGAAAGAGCACCAAAAGUAUUCAGAAUUUUGAGGCACUCAACUGCGGUGAACAAGACAUGUCACAUUGUAACAGUUACUUUUACCUCACUGACAAGUGGUCAUCUUGAGACGGGUUGGAUAAUCUAGUUUGGAUUCAUCCACCUUGGUAUUUCUUUGAUAUAUCUAUUAUUAUUUUGUUGUUCUUUGAUGCCAGACUUGCUUUUUUCCCACAUUAUCAUAUGAAGUUUUUUAUUCUAAGAAUGAUGGCAUUAUAUAACUUGGUCUCAAACAUUUCCAUCUGACGAUUAUUUAUAUUUUUGCCCCAAUGUUGCAUGUUUCCUGAAAAACUGAUAAGGCAAUACCGUAUCCUUAAAUUUU